ACACAGAUGAUGAAUAGUGAGAGGAUGAGUUUGUCGCUUUGGAUAAAUAAGGAGUGAUUUACAGCUUUGGACUAAUUUCCUCAAUUUCAGUUGCAGUAUUAUCAAACCUGAGUCCCCGAAAUAACCCAGCUAAAAAAAAGACCCAGAAGUGAGUUCACAUCAUAUCAAGACCAGUUCUGUGGCAGGAGUCUCAGUCUGUGGUUUCAACAAGAGCUCCACGUCGGAACAUUUCAGAACACAAUGGACGGCACCAGAACUUCUCUGUGGCUGUUUGUCCUCAUCAACCAACUGCCGCUAAGCCUGGCCAACGACCUUUCAACUAUGCAGAUGCACAAUCAAACCGCCAGUUCAACCACGAUCGCAGACACCAACCACACAAACCAUUACGAAGAGGAAACCAACGUGACCCGAGCCGACUGCCUGAUGGACAACCAGAUGGGUCUGAUCGCUCUGGGCUCAGCGGGAGGCCUGAUCGUCUGCCUGCUGCUCACCACCGUAGUGCUGACCUGUCAGAUCUGCCACAUUCAGCGCAGGGUGCACCUUCCACGAAGCUCACGCUCCAACAUGGACUUGGUGAGCAGCGCGGCGUACUGGGGCCCGGACCGGCCCGAGGCGGGGGGUCUGGUCGGGCCCUGUGACACCAGUGUCAUGCUGGAAGAAGUGGGAGCAGACAGUAGGAUGGAACAAGAGAGGCACGAGGGGUUCCAGGAGGAAAGAGAAGAAGCUGGUGCAGAACUGGAGGAGGGGGCCACAGCCGUGCCUCUGCUUAGUCCUGAGGCACAGGGGGGGCCGAUGCAGACGCUGAGCUCCGCCUCCAGAGAUUCGUGCCUGGAGGUUCCCAGAGAUCUAGAGGACAUGCCCCUGGUAGUGUGAGGAGGACGAGGGAUAAUCCAGCCCACGACACUUCAAGACCACCAGCAGACGCUCAGAGCAGCGCAAGACGUAGGAUCAUUCACCACGGUUUAGUCGACUUCUUUUGAUUUGUGUUUUCUCUUUUUCAGGACAGAGCCUUAUCUAAACAAAAGUACCGUUGGAGUCAGAGCUUGGUGAUACAAGCAAAAAAAGUUAGAAAAAAAGAUUCAUAUUAGUAGAUAUUGAGAAUUGUCAUGAUAGCUUAGAGGCAGACUUCUGAUUCUGAAUGAAAGUUGAAGAAACCAUCGAGUUCCUAAUGGUUUUAAAUUAUUUGUAAAAAAUGGAAUAAGAUGAAAAUGACAUAAAAGGUGUAUAAAGAUUAGAAUGAUAUUCAAGACCAAACAAGGUGAAAACAGAGUCAAAGACGAAACAGCUGGAACAAUAAAAAAAGUUCCAUAAAAGAUACAUGAAGAUGAAAACAACAUAGCGGAUGUAACAAGGUGGAAAUGAAAAAAUACAAAACACAAGGACAAUGUAUAAAUAGAAGAUGAGUGAUUAAAAUGCCUUUAAUCUGGGCUAAUACUAAACCCAAUAAACUUCAGCCAAGUUUGGAGUUCGCUCUGUUACUCCGCUCUGAUCUGUUCGUGUGUCGCAUCCAAACUGCUCUUCCAGAUUCAGAAGUGAAUUUAGGAGCUCUGACCCAAGUAUUUCUUAGAAUUUAAGGACACUUUCACACCUGCCUUGGUCUGGACUUAGGUUUGGUUCAUGUACAGAGUGAAAACACUUUUUCAGUGGUUUUGACUUUGGAACAAAAUACAGGCAGCCAUGGUAAAAA